CGGCCCCGUCGUCUCAGCGGUGCGCCGAUGUGUGCGGUGCCUACUAGCACAGCUGGCGACCUCGGGUCAAGCCGGUGCUGUCUAGGGAAAGCCUCGGGUUUCGUCCGCACGAGGGGCUUGCACGGCAGAACCGCCUGCCUGGGGUGCCGCCCCUGCUGCGGCUGGACAGCCCCACCCGCCGCGGGAGUCAGCCCCGCCGCCCCGGGGCGAAGCAGAGCAGCGGCAGCAGCCGGGGCCGGUGGGCCGCCCUUCCCCGCCCCAGCCGGUCGCCCCAGCGGUCCCCAGCCCCCGUGUGGGAGCGGCGCGGAGGCGGCGGCGGCAGUCCUGUGACUCAUGCCUGCGUCGAAGCAGAUCAACCGGCGAUUCACGCUUUUAAAAAAGCAAAUCCGAGCACUUCUGGAAAAAAAGGUCAUCUCGCAUUAAAUUCCGCGGCGCGAUUGGUAUUCCGACGUCGUUUCUGGCAGAGUUUAUAAGCGGCGGGUCGCUCCCAGGCGAGAGUCGCCCUGCUAACCUGGACUACGGCAAUAACAGUGUCCGCUCGCCCCCUCGCAAAUUCCUUGCUGCCCACCCCUCAGAGAAAUAUCGAGGAAAUACGAACUCCGAGGACUGGGACUUUUCUGAAGGGAUGGCUUCCUCCGCUCCCUCGUCUUCCAACGAUGCUCCGGACCCCACCCCACCUAAUUUGCGACCUACAACUUACGACUCGUGGUGCGGCGUGGCUCACGGGUGCACCAGGAAGAUCGGGCUGAAGAUAUGCGGGUUCCUGCAACGGACCAACAGCCUGGAAGACAAGGGCCGGAUCGUCAGUUCUCUGAAGGAAAGGCAGUCCUCCAAGGGCUUGCUGGCAUGCGAGAACAGUGAGAAAGGAUCCAGGUUCCGGCGCACCGAGACAGACUUUUCCAAUCUGUAUGCCAGAGAUUUGCUGCCCUCCAAGAAUGGUGAGGAGCAGACCAUGCAGUUCCUGCUGGAGGUUGUGGACAUCCUCCUCAAUUACGUGAGGAAGACGUUUGACAGAUCCACCAAAGUGCUGGACUUCCACCACCCACACCAACUCCUGGAGGGCAUGGAGGGCUUCAACCUGGAGCUUUCGGACAACCCUGAGUCCCUGGAGCAGAUUCUGGUGGAUUGUCGGGACACACUGAAAUACGGAGUGAGGACAGGUCAUCCUCGCUUUUUCAAUCAGCUGUCCACAGGACUGGACAUUAUUGGCUUGGCUGGGGAGUGGCUGACAUCUACUGCUAAUACAAACAUGUUUACCUAUGAAAUUGCCCCUGUUUUUGUCCUCAUGGAACAAAUAACACUUCGAAAGAUGAGGGAGAUCAUUGGAUGGUCAAAUAAAGAUGGUGAUGGAAUAUUCUCACCUGGAGGAGCAAUCUCCAACAUGUACAGCAUAAUGGCUGCACGUUACAAAUAUUUUCCUGAAGUUAAAACCAAAGGCAUGGCUGCAGUCCCUAAACUGGUUCUCUUUACCUCAGAGCAUAGUCAUUACUCAAUAAAGAAAGCUGGAGCUGCACUUGGAUUUGGAACAGACAAUGUUAUUUUGAUAAAAUGCAAUGAAAGAGGAAAAAUAAUACCAGCUGAUUUGGAGGCAAAAAUUCUGGAAGCAAAAGAAAAGGGAUAUGUUCCUCUUUUUGUGAAUGCAACCGCAGGCACAACAGUAUAUGGAGCCUUUGAUCCAAUACAGGAGAUUGCAGAUAUUUGUGAGAAAUACAACCUCUGGCUCCAUGUAGAUGCUGCCUGGGGAGGUGGACUCUUAAUGUCCCGAAAGCACCGUCAUAAACUGAAUGGAAUAGAAAGAGCCAACUCAGUCACUUGGAAUCCACACAAGAUGAUGGGAGUGUUGUUACAAUGUUCUGCAAUUCUUGUCCGGGAGAAGGGUAUCCUUCAAGGCUGCAAUCAAAUGUGUGCAGGCUAUCUCUUCCAGCCAGACAAACAGUAUGAUGUCUCCUAUGACACUGGAGAUAAGGCAAUACAGUGUGGUCGACAUGUGGACAUUUUCAAAUUCUGGUUGAUGUGGAAAGCAAAGGGUACAGUAGGAUUUGAAAAUCAGAUCAAUAAAUGCCUGGAACUGGCAGAGUAUCUCUACACUAAAAUAAAAAACAGAGAAGAAUUUGAGAUGGUUUUUGAAGGGGAGCCAGAGCAUACAAAUGUAUGUUUUUGGUAUAUUCCUCCAAGUCUCAGGGGCAUGCCAGACUCUGAUGAGAGAAGAGAAAAGUUACACAGGGUGGCACCGAAAAUUAAGGCACUGAUGAUGGAGUCAGGUACCACCAUGGUUGGAUAUCAGCCUCAGGGCGAAAAAGUCAACUUUUUCCGAAUGGUUAUCUCAAACCCAGCAGCAACUAAGUCUGACAUUGACUUCCUCAUUGAGGAAAUUGAGAGAUUGGGGCAGGAGCUGUAGUGCUUGAAUUAUUUAUUUCUCUAAUUCACUGUUUUCCAGCACUGGCUAUUUUUUUUAGCCCAGUUCUGCAGAACAUGUUUUAAGGAAAUUCUCUUUCUGUAAGUUCCAAUCUCCUAAGACAUCCUUAAACAAAACAACUAUAGGCUACUGAAAUAUAUAUGUAUUGGUAGAUCAUAUUAUUGAGGGAAAAUGUAUUAUCUUGAAGUUGAAGUACUAUUGACUCUUACAUUGGUCUUAUUUAUUGUAGGCAGCAGAAAAUUAAUAAGUAUUAAAAUAGCAAAUUAAGAACUCUGCACAGUAUAUAUGUACAGUAUAAAUAAAUAUAUAUAUAUAAUUAUAUAUAUACAUACAUAUAUAUAUAUAAAGUGGUUAUAAACUUAGAUCUAAGCCACAGCAUGUUUUCCACUUUAAGAAAAUUAAGUUUUCCUUCAACAACAUUGAUGUGGAUAAUGUGCUACAAGUUUUUCUGCCAGACAGAAAUAGACAUACAGAAACAUUUCUAAAAUGUAGAUUCUUAGGAGCUAAAGAAAACAUAUAACAGUAUUAGAUCUUAUUGUUGGUGCUUUUCUCACAUAGAAAACAGCAAUCUCUAAGAGCACCUUUGAGUAAAAUAGUUGUACUUGCCCUUUAGUGUCAAAUCAGGGGAUGACAGUAGCAGUCAUUGUAACAGGUAUAUUAUUGCUGUAUUUUUAGAGGUUAAUUUGUGUAGAUUGUGUAUAUUAUUGUUAAAUGACUUUGUGUAAAGGGAUUUAAAUGUAAUAGUUUUACAGCAAGAUAACUGUUUAAUUGUAGGUAUCCAAAAUAUUUGCUUAUUUAUAUGCAGAGAUUUACCAUGCUGAAGAGUUGUCUUGUAUUUUCUUCCGUUUGUAAUGUAACCUAUUUAUAUAUUAUUGAAGUUCUAAAUAAUGUUUAUGGUAUUUUAGUGUCUUUGUGAGCCAAAGAAAAAAUACAAAAAUAUUAGUUGACACUUUCUUUUAAAUCCUAGUGCCCUUAAAGUAAUAACUUACAGAUAAUUUUAUUGAAGAUAAGGAAUCCUGACAUUGUGUACAGACUAUCAAAUUAUGGGAUCCCUUUAAUCUAUUAGAAUUAUUAGAAAUUUCAGUUCUAUUUAUUGUAAUGUUAGACUGUCUGUUCAGUGUUCUGAAUGCUUUUCUAGUGAAUAUUGAUUGCUAACCAAGGCCCCUGUUUUUGAAUUUUAUUUCAGAACUGACCUCUGUGACCAUUUUAACUAAAUUCUGUGGGAGUUUUAACCAACAUCAUUCUUUUAGUGAAAUGGAAUUCACUAUCUAUUUGGAGCUUAUAAAACAACUAAAACCAGAAGUAAUCUCAGUAUCUUUUAAUACAGCUAGCUUGUCCCAAUAAUUUCAACUGGUUAGGCUUUUCAAAGUAUAGACACCAGAUUCAUCUGCAGCUUGAUCAAUUUUAAUCAUUAGAUAAUCAAUAUUACUGAGUGGAAAAGUCCAUACUGGAAACAGAGUAGUGGAACAAAAUGGAGAUUCAAUAAUCCUCUGUUCACUGAGUUAGUGUCAUGGUGAUAAAUGGAAUAUGCUAAUUCCAAGUGUUUUCAUAUGUGAUUCUUCGCAAGUCAGUAAUUAACUGCUUUUUCUCCCUCCCCUCCACCUCAGUAAUAAAACUGAAUUAUUGUAGAAACUUUCAGUGCAAUACAGUCAUGCUGUGCAGUUGUUUACAGUCUCUCUGGCCCCUGUCAGUCUUGUGGAAGGACACGUACAGGCAAGAGAGGUUUCCAUCCUGCGGGUCCCACUGGCUGUCUCUGGAGGAUGGUGUCUCACAUUUGUGGCUGUGUUAGCACAGGGAGAAGAAAGAAGCUGUUACAGUAAAUGUAUCCUACAGCACAGCCUGUCCAGCUUUUCAUAGGACUCUUGCUUAUUCCUCUUUCAUAACCUUCUGUAAAAUCUUUUCUUAAAAUUGAGUUGAAUCUAAAAAUUAUUGUCAAUUUGUCACUGACCUUUAGAUGUAUGAUUUUCAAAACAGAUCUGAAUUGCUACUUCAUAUCAUUAAACUCCCUAGUAAUCUUACCAGUACAGUAUUUCUUUCAUUAGAUUUUUUUCAAGACAGUGUAGUUGGUUUCUUGUCUUCUUGAUCUUAAACCUCAAUCUUCCUCAAUUAUAAGCCUAUUGCAUUACUGUGUAUUCAAUACUUGAUAUUUUCUGGUGUAAACAUCCAUGCUGUAUGACCUGAGGCCUGCAUACAGAUGUAGUUGGCAUGCACACUGACUUCAGUACUAACUUCCAUAAUAUUAAAUGCCAUUCUUUAUAGAUACCAGCUAUUCAUCAAAACUAGAGGACCUCUCAUUGAGAGUUGAUCUUAGAGUACAGAAAGAAGUUCAUUUUGAGGAAGCACGUGUCACAUUUUUAUUUCAGACUUCUGUCUGUAAUCUGGUCUCAGUUUUACUUUAUUCAAAGGGCAGUUACAGAAGACUGAAAAAAUUCUUUCAGUCCUUCUUGUUCAUGGGAAACAAUAUGAACUAAUAUAAUUAAUCCAAAGAGAUAUAACUGGUGACUUAACUUCACUAGAGGAUUUUGUGUCUUCCACUCAAACACCAUGGUUCUUAUGAUUUUCACCGGUUCUUAGAUGGGAAUUUCUGAUUUCCUCCACCUCCCUUGUCAAUAACAGUAUUACUAAAGCUCUAACUUGCCCCUCAUCCUCUAAUUUUAAUAUUUUAACCUCAUGAACCCUGUAUCCAGAUCACCAUCUCAAUAUUCUCAUAAUAGUUUAAUUUAUCUGAGAUGUUAAUUCUCUUUGAUGCAUAUAAACUAGAUGAAGAGAAUCAUCUUCAUCCUAAUCAUGAAGCUGUAGGUAAGACCAUAAUACAGCUGACUGGCAUUCAUACAGCAAGCCCCUGACAGUUCUGUGAUGUAGUCAGACACAGAUCUAGAGCUCUUCAGUGCAUAUAUAAUGUUUUGCUAACUAAAAUUUCUGCUUCUUCAUUUCAUGGAGUAACUUGUGUUUUGAAGGUCUAAAGCAUGAUGUUCUUCCUAUUGUCAUUGAUGGUUUGCAGCUAGGUGGGAAUAAUGGAGCUCCUCCUGCUUGUUUUGGAAGUGAGACAGUUAAUGCAUAGGUGUUGUCUCUAAAGACAGAGGUCUUAAGUUUAUCUUUCUACUCUCUGCAUUUAUCUUGCUUUUCUGCAGUGUUGUGUCUUGACACAGAUGACUACAAUUACAUUUUUGCAAAGCUUUUGAUUCUAGUAUCAAAUUCUGGGGUGUUUUCCUAUUACAUAUACUGUGUUCAACAGGCACCAUGCUAAUAUUAAUUUCUGACUUGGAUAGCUGAUUUCAACAGAGCAGUUAUAGUCAUUAGUGAGAAAACUCAUCUGUUUUCUUAUUUGGUCAUUUCCAUCUGAGUAAUAUGCCACACUUCUCAGACUAAUGCUGACCUGGAACUUUCCUUCUUUUUAAUCCAUAUGCUAUUGACUGUGAGAGAUUAAGAUGUAUGGAUAUUUCAAAGUAUUGACUAAUGUGAAGCAUUUUAAUUCCAGGUGAGCAACUUUGUUUUUCAGAGGUUUAAAAUAUACUUGGAGGUAGCAAUUUUAUCCCUAAAAUUACACGGACAAUCACUGUAACUUUGCAUGGGUGAAUUAAACAAUAGGCAAGAUCUUAGCUGAACAGGUAGCUGCAGUGCAUAUUAACUGAUACAAUUUAUUUGGAAAAGACUGACCACUGGAUAAAAAUCAAGAGCAGCUGGUGAUUUUGAAUGAGAAAAAUUCUGAUUGUGUUAUUAAAAGUAAUUUAUAGAGAAGAUAGAUGAUACCAUUCAUGGUACACACACACACAGCUAGAAGCAGGGGCCUUGGGAAUAAUCCAGAAUUUUAAAAUCAUCAUGGAGUAAGCUCUUAAUCUGUUUUUUGAAUGGUGACAAAUAUGAAGAGAUUUUUUAAACAGAAUCUCUGUUUUGUGGUUUAAGAAAUGUUGAAGUUAUAAAGAAGUUAUGCAAUGCAGUUUUAAUUUUUCAAUAAAAGUUUAUCUUAAAAAUGACUGAUUUGUCUCAUAUAAUUUUUGUGAGAUCUUUUGUUUCCUUAAAAAUAUGAGACAAAAGCCAUGUAACAUUAUCCCUCACCUUAAAAAUAGUAAGGCAAAUGCUAAGGCAACUAUUUAAUUUUAAUUGUGGAUUGAAUGUGAGCUUGUACCAACAGAGACUAAGGAAGAACCACAAGCACAAAACCUUGGUCAGUUUGGACAGGAUUGUUGAGACAUUAGUACUGUGCAUAAUAUGAAAAACGUGCUUUAAACUUUGGAUUCUAGACCGUAUUUUGGGGUAACCCCCCAUUCCCUUGUAAGAGAUAAAGUAAUUUUAGGGUUUUUUUAUACCGAAUAGAUUGAAAAAUAAGAGUGCAUUUUGAAUCCAUAAAAGUAUAUAAUUCUUUUUUUUCAUUUUAUAGAUAAAUUCUGAUUAAUUGCUGUUCUAUGCAUUAUCCAUAGAACUGUCAUUGAUUUUAACAGUAUAUAGGAAAUUUGAUUUUGAUUGCUUUAGGGUAGAACAUUCUUCAAGUGGGAUAGGUUUUCUUAAGAACAGUUUUAUUUCCAAGUUAAAUCUUUUAUGAAACAAACUAGUCAUGAGAACAGUAAAUGCAAAAAAGCUUAUUAAGUCAAUUAGUGUAGCAUACAAAUGCCAUCAUGUAAAGCACUAAAAAUUAUGGAAGAUGAUUGUGUGGUUGAGUAUUAAGGAAUGUUCAUCUUACGCACAGACUGCUCAGUAAAAUGUUAGGACCACAAGACUGUUUGCAGUUAGUACAGCUCUCUGUGGUCAACAGAAUUACACCUGCCUGAAUUUCUUCUGCAGUGUUUUAUAAUAUGCAAGCUAUGACAGUUGUGCUGAGGGUGACGAUACAUGAACUGGGAGUAUUGCUCACUGAAGAACAGCAACUAAGUGAGGAAGACAUGAGAAGGUGCAAGCACUGUCUGAAAGCAAAGGGUAAAAGGAAGGAUUGCUGCAAAACACAGAGGGAUUUGUGUUUCAUUAGAGCAGUUGAAAGAAAGAAUUGCUUUUGGACAAAGCAAAAUUAAAAUUUUAGUUAGAAGAAAAGGUAAGAUGCAAGAUGAAGAUUAUAAGCAGACCAGGUAAAAAUAAAGUUCUGUUUCUCUGCUUUAAUAGAUCUAUCUACUGAGGAAAAAUGGAACAUUGUUUCGUAAUGAUGAUAACAGAAAAAAGCUGAAGACAAAGUAUUAAAGACCUUGAGUUAUUUCUGCUAUGUAUAAGUACUCUGUUCAGCAUCUGAAUGUAAUUAUUUCAGAUUGUAUACUUGAGAUGUGUAUUUGUGAGUGCAUUUAUGUGUCUUGGUAUAAAAGAACAUGUACAUGCCUUACAUACUCAGUGUGUAUCAGAAAAAAUUAAGUUUUGCACGAUGAUGAGUGUUUUGUGUAGGACUUUUCAGGACAGCUGAAGUAUAAUAUUAAACAAACAUACAGUGAAGGAAAUAGUAAAUUAUUUUCCCUUACCCUUGAAUGUAUGUGUGUGUGUUGGAUGUUUAUACAAAUCAUUAAACCUCUAUCUUAUGAAAUUCUCAAAUUA